CCGCUGCGGGGAGGAUGAAGGCCACGCAAAGGGCAGGGCAGCCGAGCCGGAGUCACAAGGGGCGGCCAAACAGCCUACGCGUGAAGGCUAGGCACUGGAGUAAGGCGGUUCGGGGACAAAGUGCAGGGAGAUUCCUGCUGAGAUAAGAGGGAAGGGCAUAGAAGGGGGGCGGAGAGUGAGGGCACAAGGCGUUCAAAGAUCAAGCUCCCCUCGGGUAAAGCUGAGGUCAGCCCGUCGGGGAGGGGCGCCCUAGAGCCCCUUCCCGUGGGCAGCGAAGGGGAUGCUUAAAACCCAGGCUGCCAGGGCAGCCGCCCGCCCAGGUCCGCGCGCCCCGCCCCUGGCGCAGGGGGCGGAGCUGGCCGCUCACCUGGCCGUUCCGGGCGGAGCCGCCCCUGACACCGGUCAGCUGCAGAGGCGGUGGUACCCCGGGAGCUGGAGCGGGGCUGGCCCUGGUAGCUCGGUGGCAGCUCCCAGCCCUCCACGCCCCCCACCGCCCUGCGGCGCCCUCCGUAGCUCUCUCGCUUCCUCCCUCUUCUCCUUCACUCCCUCCCUCGGAACCCAAUUGCUCAAGCCGCUUCCUUCUCCAGUGCCAGCGCCAGCGCCAGUUCCCCUCCCGGUGGGGCCCGGGACAGGGCUGCGAACGCUAGACGCUGGAAGAGCUGUGGCGGCUGCUGCGAGACCAUGGCCCAACCCCCGGGGUCCCCGGACCCCGCAUCCAAGGCUUCUCUCGCACAGAGCCUGCGGGGAACUCCACAGCUGCGCCGCUCGAGAGUGGACACCGGUAGCUUGGGCAGGUACAGGGGCAGCGUCACCGCCGGCCUCCCCCUCCGGGAGUGCCCCUCACAGGGCUCGCUGAUGCUCUCCGGAACCGGCUCCGCGCGCCGGCGGGGAGCGUUGCGGGAACUGCUGGGGCUUCAGGGGACGGCUCCCGCCGGGUGGCUGACGGAAGAACGCACGGAGGAUCCGGCCGCCGGAGGGCCCGGCAGCUCGAGUGGCCCGGGAGGCAGCGGGCUGUGCCUGGAGCCGCGGGAGCACGCGUGGAUCCUGGCGGCCGCCGAGGGUCGCUUUGAGGUGCUGCAAGAGCUGCUGGAAGCUGAGCCGGGACUGCUGCUGCGGUGCGACCCUAUCUCAGGCUACACGGUGCUGCACUGGCUGGCCAAGCACGGGCGCCACGAGGAGAUCAUCCUGGUGCACGACUUCGCCCAGCGCCGGGGUCUGCGGCUCGACGUGAGCGCCGCCGGCAGCGGCGGGCUCACGCCACUCCACCUGGCCGCCCUGCAGGGCCACGACAUGGUCAUCAAGGUACUGGUGGGAGCCCUAGGCGCUGACCCCACUCGCCGCGACCACAGCGGCCACCGGGCGUGCUACUAUCUGCGGCCCGACGCGCCGCAGAACCUGCGGGAGCUGUCGGGGGCUGAGGACUGGGAGACGACCAGCGUCCGGGAGCGCGGCAACGCCAACAAUAACAGCAGCAGCACCGCCACUGCGUGGACGCUGAAACGAACCUUGAGCUCAGCGGGCGCCACGGCUGUGGGGACAAGCAGGAAAGCGGCGUCGACACGAGCCAGGGAGAAGAACACCGCGGGCAGCCGGGUGGCGCACAUUCACGGGCUUCUCCGCCAGCUGUUUCCCUUCUUCCAGGACCGUUGAAGGGGCAACGGGAACUGGAGAGCUCUGAGAGGAGACGCCAGUGCUGCAGCCAAGACUCCACCCCGGGUUAUCCCGGGUUAUCCCGGGUCGCACUCAGGGAGAGAUCACAUAGGGGGACCCACCCCCUCCUCUCAGGUACCUGUCCGGUACGGGAGGACCCGGGCAGUAGGGCACUCCCUAACCGAAUGGGAGCCCACGUCCCAGCAGACCGGGAGCCAGUCCCAAAGCUUCAGAACUGAGAAGUCAGGAGAGGAAGGGGGAAAGGUCAGCGCCCUGCAGCCACUUGUGGGCGAGCAGAAGCGCUGGGUUUGUUAGGAAGGAAUCUGAAAGAAUGGAGACUGGGACCGUGGCUGCAGCGGAAACGCCCCACAGCCUUCCUAAGGCAGUUUUCCUAAAGGGUCUUGAGGUGAAGGUAGAGCCCCCAGGCCACCUGCUCCUGAGACUACCACACCUUAGCCUGCUAUACAUCCCAGUGUAUCAAGGAUGAUUUCUCUAGUUCAUUAAAGUCAAAUGCUUUUUCCAUUCACAUGACAAGGCUGUCCUUUGAGUGCUUUUUUUUUUUUUCUGUUUUAGCCAGAGAGGGAAAAGCUGAAAGGAAGAGGUCAUUAACCCAUAACCACAAGCUAAUGACCCCAGGACAGACUGGGGCCUCAUUCUUACAGCAAAUGGCCAGAGCCCUGCAGAGCUGGAGCUGGGGCG